GUUGUGAGUAGUUUGUGCAUGUUGUGAGCUAGCCUUCGAUUGCUCGCCGUGGAUCAGAGCAGAGCACAGGGCGAAUUGAAGCCAACGUGGCCGGGCUACACUACCCAAAUCAUCGAUUACUACCCAGCAGUGUGUCAGUGCUUCAUGGUUUCAAGAACACUCUGGGAUUCGGUCUUCAAAUCCUGCCCAACACACUCUUGAUCUAGCGAGUUGCCUCUUCAACAUUCCAAAGGACCGGUCGACCCUGUGUAAUCGUUGAUCAUGGCAUCGAACCGGGGCCAAAGCCAGGCCCAGGGCCCUGGCUCGGGCUCGACACACCCGGUGUCUCAAACCGCUUCAGAGAGAGGGGUCAGGUUCUUACUCCAUACUGGAUUGAUUCAACCGCUCCGAGUUGAUUUUUGUUUUGACGGGGGUAGUUUUCCUAUGGAAAAAGAGGGUUGUAACACCUGGUCAUGUAAACAUAUGCCACCUCCGAAACUGUCAUACUACUACAAAUUCUGCACAAAUUCACUUAACCCCAAAAAGUUUGAGCAGACUCCGCAGUUCCAGAUGCUCCCAUCUAGGCCACUUCAUGUUCACCAUGACAUUCUGCUACCAAAUCUCCCAACUUCCUACCUCCUUGGCCUUGUUUUUCAUCUGCAAGACAUUUAUAACACAAAACAAACAAAUGUCCAGACAAAAAUAAAUGAAAUGUUGCAUCUUCUUAGUCCAUUUGGCAGAAAGGAACUGAAGGAACUAAAGGAGCUGCGAAAGUGCCUCCCAUAUUAUGCAGAUAAAAUGAAAAACAGUGUUUUGUUGGUCUGGAUUAUUCAGUCCAUUGAAAAGGCAACUUCACACAGUCAGUUGACAGUUUUGUCAGUUCUUGUUGCUUACCUAAACCCAAGAUUGGACAUUGUGCGUGUAAUUGAAGACUCAAAACUCAGGAAACUCAUAGGAAGUCUUUACAAAGCUGAUAAGUACGACAUGGGUGAAGAAUCUGAAGAUAAACUAAAAUCACUUGUACCGGCCAUACUGAAACGUAUUGGAGAGUUCCACUGGCUCUAUAUGGUGCUUUACUGUUUUCCAUUGUUUGAUGAGAGCUACAUUCUGCAGCAAAGAAAAAAGCUGUAUGGCAAGGCACCUUGUUCACACUGUGUUUCAGCCACACUGCUCCCCCGUCUACAACAAGAUAGGUUCAAUCUAGCCACCAAGAAAAUCAUCGUUGAGAUCGAAGAACUUCAGGAGAAAGAAAAGUCGAAGGAUCAGCGAUCUCCAAAACAAGGAUUGCUGAAAAAUCAAACCAAUGAUCCAUUGUCAUCUGAAAACGACCUUGUGCAUGAUCCUUCGAGAGCCAUGGAGGGGACAGCUGACAGUGCUCAAGAUGAAGUUACACAUCAAGAGACUCCCUGUACAGAAGAGAGUGCAGAAAAUUGGGUGUCCCAUAGCUUCUGUAUCCUUCUUGAGGCUGAAAACGUCAAAGAAAUGCAGCUGGUUAUCCAAGAAGAAGGUUCUGACGUGAGCGUUCACACACAGACAUUUUUAAUGACACAGAGCAAGGUCACUGAACCGUUUUUCAAUAAAACCUGGUGGAAGGGCAAGAUUGAUAUACACUUGCCAGAAAAGCCAAAAUACACAUACAAGUAUAUGAAUAUUCAAGAGGGUAGGUUUUGGAGAUCAAUUCCCACCACCGAGCAAGGCAACAGAACGAUAGAUUCAACUGUGCAUGAGGAUAUAUUCAACCACAACUUAUCAGUAAUACAGGAGAUAAUUGGACACACACAUUAUAAACUGGAGCUACGCAUGUUAGUAAAUAAGGAAAACUUAACACAACAUCUUUUCAAUGAUGGCGCAAAAAAGCUUGACAAGUUGGCAAUUGACAUUCGAAACAAGAACUUCCUGAAGAAUGUUCAGUCACACAUUUUAAGCCUUAUUGAUAGUGUGGGUAACACAGAUGCUCAGAUUAUCUUUCUUGCAAGUCUACUGGGCAUUUUUACGUUUCAUGCAAUGCCAAGCUUGACAAAGGUAGCAACUACCAUCCUUAAAGCUUUUCAAAACUGUAAAGAUGCCAUUCUUCCAUCGCUAGAGAAGCAGCACAACAAAGUUGUAUCAGGUUGCCUCAUGGAAAUAGUAAGAAGUUCCAUACAAGUUCUCAAAGGAAGUUGGCUGCAGCUUGUCUUUUACACGUACCCUGCCUCGACUGCAACAGAGUUGUGUUCCUUGCGUCACAGAUGGCCUCGUGUGCCUCAAACAGCUGAACUAGCAGGUAACGAAGAAGAAUUCAUGUCUGCCUGCUUCAAACACUUUGGUUGCAAGGAGGAUGAAAGGCUUCUCAGUUUGGUGUUUCAGAGCAUUGCAGAUGUAAAGCUUCUCCUGCAAGUUCUGAAAAAACCGGAGCAUGCUCAUAUCUUCCAGGAUGACAAUGGAUACAGAAGCUGGGUGAAGGAUGCACUCCAAAGACGCAUGCAGUCGAUGAAACCAGAAGAUAUCCAUAGCAUCUGGAAAGAGGUUGCUGAAACAGAUGUUAGCAGAAUGCAUUUGCUUGGAAAAGAACUUGUCCUGGAUUCACUCUCUCACAGUCGAGAGUGGUCAACCGAUGCAAAUAUGUUUAUGAGAAGUUUGCUUUAUGGUACAGGCUUCUGGACAACAUAUCAAGAUCAUCAACUUUCAGACAGUCUUCUCAAGGUCUUGCACAAAAUGCUGGAGCAGAAAGACACACAGGAGGGCAUUGACUUAAAUUUGGAAGUCGUUUCCAUGCAGUGGAUAACCAAAUGGUUAAGUCUGGAAGACCUUCAGAGACUGACUGGAACCAUGUUCGAGAAACAACUUCAAAGUGGAUUGCAACCAGCACAAGUAGUGCAAUGCAUCUACACAUUCCUAAGUACUGUGCACUCAAUCCAGUGGUUUAGUGAGCUUUCAGAUUUUGUUGAGCAGCUAGAUGUAGUGACUUUGGGUUUUAUUAUGGAGAAAAAAUAUCAAGAUCGACUUCUAGAAAUAGUGUUCGGCCAUCCCAAAAGAGCACAAAUGACCCUGCCGGAUUCAGGAAUGAAGCUCAUUGUGAAGCACUUGAUCUCGAGUAUCCAAAGCACAAGCUACAUCUGUGACCUACUGAAACCGUAUGCGCCCAAAGGAGUCAUCGAUCUGCACUCUCGGAAUGAACAGGCAGCUUUGCCUGUUGGAUCAAAAGUCAUUUUCUCAUAA